UUGUCCCGUUCACCUCUGUAGACCACAUUACACUUUUAGGGGAUAAAAGAAGAAAAACAAGGGGUAAGAAUCCUGGAGCCUGUGGAGCAAACAGCGGCUGCACUGCUCAACCUCAGCGCCAAUAUGUUGUACCUGGAGACCAAUCCUCCCACAUCUUACAGUGAGACAGGCUCUUAAAACCCUGAGACUCAUUGUUUCCAGAAGGCUGAGCAGACUCGUGGCACACACACACACAAUGACCCCUGUCUGUACAUCGCAAAUGGCACCUCUUUUCUAAUGCCCUACGGCACUGUUCGAGAGGUUUGUUGAGUGAUUUACCCGAGCCACCAGCAGCAUUUUGUGUGGAUGAGUGAAAAAGAAAGAGACAGGAAAAGAGAGAGAAAGAGGAAUAAGCGUGCAAGCUGGACAGCUGUCUCCAUCCAUGCCUGAAAUAAACAAGGGACACGGUUGAGAUUAAUGACGGUCCAAAGAUCCAUACAACCAUGGCACCUCAUCCAGGAAUGUAGUGUGUAUAAAUGGAAAGGAAUGGACUGGAGGAGUGGGGUUGGAGAAGGCUGGCUUAACUCCAGAACAUUCUUCCUUCUCUCAAAUGACAGUCAUUUUAAUUCCUCUCUGCGCCUUCACUGGAACAAGGCAAUAGGAGCCGUGUGAACUGUGUAUUGCCCAUUUACUGCCAACCCCCCCACCCCCCAGCUGUACCCACCUUCCUUUGUUAUUGCUGCAUCUUCCAGUUCAUCUAGAGUCUUUAUUCAUUCCUACAGACCUCACCAACAACCAUAGAGCAAUUAAGCCACAGUAUACAAGCCUGGGGCUUCUCAACAGCAUGGAUCAAAAUGGUGGCUCCACCUCCACCAGCCCCUACAACAACGAGCAUGCUCAGAACAACGUAACGGCACCAUCACCCUACGCCCAACCCAGUUCCACCUUCGAGGCCCUGUCUCCAUCACCUGCUAUCCCAUCCAACACAGACUAUGCUGGCCCACACACCUUUGAUGUGUCCUUCCAGCAGUCCAGCACAGCCAAAUCAGCCACCUGGACGUACUCCACAGAACUGAAGAAGCUGUACUGUCAAAUUGCCAAAACAUGUCCCAUUCAAAUCAAAGUCCUUACCAACCCACCCCAGGGUGCAGUCAUACGGGCCAUGCCUGUCUAUAAGAAAGCUGAGCAUGUUACCGAGGUGGUCAAACGAUGCCCGAACCAUGAACUGAGCAGAGAGUUCAAUGACGGCCAAAUAGCCCCACCCAGUCACCUGAUUAGGGUUGAGGGAAACAGUCAUGCUCAGUACGUGGAGGAUUCCAUUACUGGGCGUCAGAGUGUGCUGGUGCCUUACGAGCCCCCUCAGGUGGGCACAGAGUUCACAACCAUCCUGUACAAUUUCAUGUGUAACUCCAGCUGUGUUGGUGGAAUGAACAGACGUCCUAUCCUCAUAAUUGUCACUUUGGAAACCAGAGAUGGUCAGGUUUUGGGUCGACGGUGUUUUGAGGCUCGUAUCUGUGCGUGCCCUGGACGUGACCGCAAGGCUGAUGAGGACAGCAUCCGUAAACAGCACGUCGGCGAUGGCACAAAGAGCAGUGAGGGUAUGAAACGCCCUUUCCGUCAGGCCUCUCACCUCUCUCAGCUAAACUCCAUCAAGAAACGAAGAUCCACCGAUGAGGAAGUGUUUUGUUUGCCUAUUAAAGGCCGUGAAAUCUAUGAGAUUUUGGUGAAAAUCAAAGAGUCUUUGGAACUUAUGCAGUUCCUCCCUCAGCAGACUAUUGAGUCAUACAGACAGCAGCAGCAGAACCUACUGCAGAAACAGAGCUCUCUGCCACCCCAGCCUUCCUUUGGUUCCAGCUCACCUACCCUCUGUAAGAACAAACUUCCAUCAGUCAGUCAGCUCAUCAAUCCCCAACAACGCAACACACUCACCCCAUCCAGCAUGGCUGGAGGACUAACUGACAAUUGUACAAAUUACAAUGAACAAGUAUUAUGCUGUUUAUUACAGUCUCAACCCUUUCCCCUCCCUUCAGUGACCCCUCCCAUGAUGGGCAUGAACACGGACAUGAGUGCUCUGAGCCCCACCAACCCUCUGCAGCCUCAGUUACAAAUGGUACCCUCUCACUGCACACCUCCGCCUCCCUACCCCAUGGACAACAGCAUUUCCAGUUUCCUGUUGAGGCUGGGCUGCUCAGCCUGUUUGGAUUAUUUCACAGCCCAAGGACUGACCAAUAUUUACCAAAUUGAAAACUACAACUUAGAGGACUUGUCCAGGCUGAAGAUUCCCACAGACUUCCAGCACAUCAUCUGGAAAGGAAUCAUGGAGUAUCGACAGACCAUGGAGUUUUCUCCACCUCCCCACAUCUUGCGCACCUCUAGUGGGACAUCCACCGUCAGUGUGGGCUCUACCGAAGCCAGAGGCGAGCGUGUGAUCGAUGCAGUGCGUUUCACUCUUCGUCAGACCAUUUCAUUUCCUCCACGAGACGACUGGACCGAUUUCUCUUUUGACCUGGCUCCAGAUUCUCGCCGCAACAAGCAACAGCGCAUCAAGGAGGAGGGAGAAUGAAUGUAGUGCAUCACAGUUCACAAUAAUACACGUACAUACAGUGUCAACAGUGCACAUUUACUGAACACACACACUUACGCGCUGUUUUUUAUUAACACACUUGGUGUUGGUCCAGAUCGUUUCACAGUUUUCCUCUGCAAGUGAUGAUUAAAAAAAAAAAAAAACUGUGAGCCACAGUCUAGUUCACUUAAACUUAAAUGGGCAGAUAAAAUGCACUUAAAGUCCUUUAUGGUUUCAUUUUUCUUCUGGUGGAUUUAGCUCUGGUUGUCAUUUCAAGCCCCUUUAUUGAACGCAAACAGCUGUAGCUGAGGGGAAAUGGUGCUUUGCUAAAUUGUCGUUUUAUUUUUUAUACUGUUUCUUGAGACACAGCACUUAAGAAAUGCUAACAUAUUGUUACUACUUUCAAAAUACACACUGAACUUUUGGGGUUUCUUUCUUGUUACAUGGCCAAAGGUAUGUUUUUGUUUAGUUUUUGUUUGUUUGUUUGUUUUUGUAUAUAUAUAUAAAAAAAUAUUUUUCCUCCGAGCAAGAGCUUUAGUGUUAAUUGUAUUUUUUUGUGACGAUCAUUCCUUGCGGUUGAACAAUGUUUUUUAUGUUGACGUAUGUCAGCAUUGAUUGUAUGUAUUUCAAAUCGCACAUGGUUCUUUUCUUUAUUCUCACAGAAAGUGUUAUUCAUCCAUGGUGUAAGACUGAUGAGAUUGUUGUCAUGUAGCCUUCAUGUAAUACUGUAACCCCUUUUUUGUAUCUUUUAUUGAGUUGCAAACACUCUGAUACUAUUACGUUGCAGUGUGUAAGUAUUGAAUGCUUCUGACAGCUGUGAUAAUGCGUAGACAUUUGCUGGCCUCUAAAAGUAUAAAGGUGACUUACAUUGAUACACUGCCAAUGUAAUGUAGCUUCAGUAUUUUUUUAAAACAAAUUUCCACUUCACUUGAUACUUAUUAGCCUGUUGUGGCAAUAUUGUACAGAUUUUUUUUUUUUUAUUCCACUUUCAUGUGACAACUGCGUAAACAAUUCUUUAUCAAACUAUUAAGGAAUUAUUGUAAAUAUUUAGCAAUGUACUUAUUUUGAUAUAAACAAAAUAAAACACAUGUAACACUGA